CUCAUAUUUAUUUCUUUUAAAAUGUUUCUUCCAUCAGGUUCCAGAUGUCUGCAGAGAAACCGUCACCUUUAACUAAGAACCUGAAACCUUGAGGAGAAAGAAACUAAAACUGGUUUAAAUAUUACUGACAGACUGUAGAUCUAUCAUAAAGGUGCUAGUAAUCAUGUUUAAACAUGCUAGUAACCAUGGCAACCAGUCUGCGAUGAGCUCCUGUGUCUUUCUCAUUCAUGCCAUCUUGUUUUCCACCUCAGAUUAGAUCCAGUUGUCUCUGUGUUUCCUCUGCGUUCCCAGGUCUGCUGGUUGAGCCGCUCAUCUUCCUCUCUUCCUCCACUGACGGGGUCUCCACAGGCAGAAAGCAGGGGUCUGAGCUCCUCAUUGGCUCACAUUUCAGCAUCAUGUGCUCCAUCAGACCUCAGUAUGAAGGCGGCUCCUUCCAGCUCAUCUUCAGCACCUCUAACUACACUCAGAACCAGACCCUGCCAGCUGUUAAUCACUCCGCCCUCUUCCUGUUCUCUGCUGCUGGCCACGCCCACCAAGGAACCUACCGCUGCGUUUACCACGUCUACGUUUUCUCCUAUAACUUCUCCUCUAUGAGCCAGCCUCUCAACCUCACUGUCUCAGGUAAACUCAUGGAGUCCAUCAGGAAAAGUUCUGCUUCAGUUUCAGCCUCUCCCACUGCUUUGAUCAUCAGACUGGUUGUCGUCCUGCUGGGUAUGCUGGGAUCAGUCCUGGUCCUCUACUUUAAGGCCAGGAGAAACCAGAAGUCUGGACCAGAAAACAACCAUCAUGAUGAAGGAUCCAGAGCUGAAGGCAGCUUAGAGGAGGAGACUGCAGUCUGAAGGAACCAGGAGAAAAUGAUCUUCAUUUCACAUCCGCAGGAAGGAGCAGAGACAUGUUUCAGACUCCUGGAAAUCUAUCCGUCUAUGUAUCUAUGAUAAAAUGUCUCUGUGCUCCUGCAGCAGGAAGGAAGUUCAACAUUCAGAAAUUUGUAUCUGGACUAAACCUACUUAAGUUAAACUUAUAUAAGAAGGGAACACAAAACAAAACAUUCAACAAACAAAAUAUAACAGAAAACCCACUUCAUCAAAAUCUGAUCUUCAUCAACCUUGCAAGGAUAGCAUAUGAUAGGAUAUUUAAGGUCAAAGGUCAGGUAGCCAAUUUAUCAGACGAUGUGAACAAGCUGCCUCUGAUCUCCUACUAUGAUAAAGUUAACUACGUAGUCAACACAAAGAGUGCAUACGCCGUAAACGAGCUUCACUGCCUGAAAUUCAUGGACGCAUAUAAUUAGUAUUUCAACAGCUUUUUAAAGGAGAGAAAAUCUCUCUGUGUGAAUAAUGAGGUUCUGGUGACUGGCAGACCAAGUACAUGUAGCAACAAACAUGUAGGCUACAUGUCUGCUUAGCUUGCAGAUGGGAUGGAACAUUUUAUAGUUACUAUGAUUAUGAGUGAAUCAAUCCAUAACAGUGUUAUGAUUCUUGUGUAAAGCAUGUGCUCAUGGGAAAGUCUUCUGAAGCUGUUUCUCUGAACUCUGUAUUAUUAUAAAGUUGUAGAAUAUUUUCUUCUUUGCAUUCUUAUGACAUCCUUAAAUGUUUAAUAUGCUUUAUGAAAGAAAAUGCAUAUGCUUGCAGUCAGUUUUGUAGCUAAGUAGAUUGUUAAACUGUGUGAAUUUAAUGAAACCUUUCCUAUAAAACAAUAUGCUGUGUUUUGCUGGAGGCUCUUUCUCCUGACUGUGUUCAGUGAGCAGAGACUCCAAAUGCUGUAAAGCCUUCAAAUAAAUAUUGACAAAGAAUUUA